AUGUCAUCGUUACUCCCUCUUUCACGGCACCCCCUUCCUCACGAUAGACUCUUGAAGUCAGGAUCGGAACAGUUGCACCCUCCGUCAGAUGCAGCAUGGGAGGAUCGCCGUACCAGUGCUAGGAGCGCUACGUCGUGGUUUACAAGCGGACCGCUGUUUGCAGAUGGCACAGACGUGGAUGAUGAUGACGAAGACAGUUGGUGCUGCUGUGAGCCACUGAAUAGCACUGAGAGAAUUCUUGGCUGGCUUACCUGCUUUCUUGGGGGGCUGAUUCUCUCGGCAGUUUCAAUGGGUGCCUUCAAUGACAUGCUGCUAGGCAAAAACAACAAGUUCGCCGUCACAUACACCAUUGGCAACAUAAUUGGACUAGCAGGGACCUCCUUCCUAGUAGGGCCAAUCCAACAAUUUAGGAAUAUGGCUGACAAGUCCCGCCUUGUGACGAGCUGCAUCUUUGUGGGCAGUCUAGUGGCCACGUUGCUCUCGAGCGUCUACUUAAAAGUUGGGCUUGUGAUCGUAUUUUUUGUGUGUAUUCAGUGGCUUGCAUACAUGUGGUAUUCGUUAAGUUACAUACCGUACGGCCAGCGUGCGGUUUUGUGGAUAUUCCGCCGGCUGUCUCUUCGUUAG